AUGAUGAACAAACUAGUAGUAGAAGUUCAUGAUGCAAGUAACCUAAUGCCAAAAGAUGGAAAAGCUUCAUCAAACCCUUUUGUUCAAAUAAACUUUGAUGAGCAACAAGUAAAAACACAAACCAAACACAAAGAUCUUAAUCCUUAUUUCGAUGAAAAGUUUGUUCUCAACAUAAACACAUCAAGAGAUCUAUCUCACCAAACAAUUGAGGUUGUUGUGUUCAACCACAAUGAGAAAAAACCAACUAGUAAAAAGAAUCUUCUUGGAAAGGUGAGAAUUUCAGGUAAUUCUAUUCCUUAUUCUGAAUCUGAAUCUAGUCUUAAACGUUACCCUCUUGAACAUUCUAAAGGGGAUAUUGCUUUAAGAAUGUUUGCUUUUCAUGACCCUUUUGCUAAUACACACCAUCCUCCACAACAUUCACAAGCAAAACCAAACUCUUAUGCUGAAACUCUUGAGCCUGAUCCUGAUGAGGAGAUUCCUUUACAAGAAAUCAACACUAACAUACACAUGGAAGAUGAAGAAAGUAUGGUUAGUGAUAGUGAGAAAAAGAAGAAGAAUAAUAAGAAGAAAGAGAAAGAAGUUAGAACUUUUCAUUCCAUUGGAACUGAGAAACCUUCUUCUCAUGGUCAUGGUCAUGGUCAUGGCCAUAGUCAUUCUCAUGCUCCUGCUUCUGCUUUUGCUCCUGUUCAUGCUCCAAAGUUUCAAUCUUUUGUGCAACCAACAGUUGAAACUCAAACAAGAGUUGAUUUAGCAAAAUCAGGACCUCCUAAUGCUAUGCUAAUGCAGAUCCCAAGGCAGAAUCCAGAAUAUGCAUUGGUUGAAACAGCUCCACCACUUGCAGCUAGGUUGAGGUAUAAAGGAGGAAACAAGGUAUCAACUACUUAUGAUUUGGUUGAACAAAUGCAUUUUUUGUAUGUGAAUGUUGUGAAAGCAAAGGAUCUUCCUGUGAUGGAUAUCACAGGUAGUCUUGACCCUUAUGUGGAAGUGAAACUUGGUAACUACAAAGGUGUUACUAAGCAUUUAGACAAGAAUCAGCAUCCUGUUUGGAAGCAAAUCUUCGCGUUUUCGAAGGAGAGGUUGCAGUCGAAUUUACUUGAAGUUACUGUGAAGGAUAAGGAUAUUGGUAAAGAUGAUUUUGUUGGUAGGAUUAUGUUUGAUCUCACUGAGAUGCCGGUGAGGGUUCCGCCGGAUAGUCCUUUGGCUCCUCAGUGGUAUAGAUUGGAAGAUAAGAAAGGGAUGAAGAUACAUAAUGGUGAAAUCAUGCUUGCGGUUUGGAUGGGAACACAAGCCGAUGAGUCUUUUCCUGAGGCGUGGCAUUCGGAUGCUCAUAAUAUAAGUCACCAUAAUCUUGCGAAUACACGGUCGAAAGUGUAUUUUACGCCGAAGCUUUAUUAUCUUAGAAUUGAAGUUAUUGAAGCUCAAGAUUUGGUUCCUUCUGAUAAAGGAAGAGUGCCGCAAGCUUCGGUUAGGGUUCAGCUAGGAAGUCAGAUGAGGUUCACAAGGCCUUCUCAAAUGAGAGCUGUUAAUCCCAUUUGGAACGAGGAGCUUAUGUUCGUGGCAGCCGAGCCUUUUGAGGAAUUUAUAGUUGUGACAGUUGAGGAUAAGUUUGGUCCUAACAAUAUUGAAAUCUUGGGAAGGGAGAUUAUGUCGGUGAGAAAUGUUCCGCAGAGAAUGGAGACUGGAAAGCUACCGGAUUCUCGCUGGUUCAAUCUUCAUAGGCCUAGUGCGGUCGGCGAGGAAGAAACGGAGAGAAAGAAGGAGAAAUUCUCGAGUAAGAUUCACCUUCGGAUUUGUCUAGAGGCGGGGUAUCAUGUUCUUGAUGAGUCCACACAUUUCAGCAGCGAUCUUCAACCGUCUUCGAAACACUUGAGGAAGAGAAACAUUGGAAUUCUCGAAGUCGGGAUACUUAGUGCACGGAACUUGCUACCUAUGAAGGGAAAAGACGGUAGGACUACUGAUGCAUACUGUGUGGCCAAGUAUGGCAACAAAUGGGUUAGAACAAGAACUCUGCUUGACACGUUAUCACCUCGAUGGAACGAGCAGUAUACAUGGGAAGUUCAUGAUCCAUGCACCGUGAUCACGGUUAGUGUUUUCGACAAUCACCACAUUAAUGGUAGCAGCGACAACAAAGAUCAGAGAAUCGGAAAGGUGAGAAUAAGGUUGUCAACUCUUGAAACUGAUAGAGUGUAUACUCAUUAUUACCCUCUAUUGGUUCUUCAACCUAAUGGCUUAAAGAAGAAUGGGGAACUUCAUUUAGCUGUGAGGUUUACUUGCACAGCUUGGGUUAAUAUGGUAGCUCAAUAUAGUCGACCUUUGCUUCCGAAAAUGCAUUAUGUUCAACCGAUACCUGUUAGGCACAUUGAUUGGCUUCGUUAUCAGGCCAUGCAGAUUGUCGCUGCAAGGCUAGCAAGAGCUGAGCCACCGCUUCGACGCGAAUCGGUUGAGUACAUGCUUGAUGUGGAUUACCAUAUGUGGAGUCUAAGGAGAAGCAAAGCCAACUUUCAUCGCAUAAUGUCGCUGCUCUCGGGUUUUACAGCUGUAUGUAAAUGGCUUAACGACAUUUGCACUUGGAGAAACCCGGUGACAACUUGCCUUGUUCAUGUUUUAUUCUUGAUACUUGUUUGCUACCCUGAAUUGAUACUGCCAACCAUUUUUCUUUACUUGUUUGUGAUCGGGAUUUGGAACUACCGGUUCCGGCCGAGGAAUCCGCCUCACAUGGAUGCUAGGCUUUCGCAAGCAGAAGCUGUUCAUCCAGAUGAAUUGGACGAGGAAUUCGACACUUUUCCAACCACAAGACCUUCAGAUAUUGUGAGAAUGAGGUAUGACAGAUUGAGAAGUGUGGCAGGUAGAGUACAGACAGUGGUUGGAGAUUUAGCUACUCAAGGUGAAAGAGCUCAAGCUAUACUAAGUUGGCGAGAUUCAAGGGCCACAUCUAUCUUCAUCAUCUUCUCACUGAUCUGGGCUGUGUUCAUUUACAUUACUCCAUUCCAAGUAAUAGCAAUUAUAGUUGGCAUCUUCAUGCUUCGUCAUCCUCGGUUUCGAAGCAGGAUGCCAUCAGUACCUGUUAAUUUCUUCAAGAGAUUGCCUUCCAAAUCAGAUUCAAUGUUUUGA